AUGGCAUGUGCAAGUGAUGGUGAACCUCAGGAAGCCAAAGUUCACGAAAAUCUGGAAAAGGCGUUGAAGAACGGGCUGACCGAUGCAUAUACAAAGUUUAUGGAUGGUAGUGGUUGUUUUUCUGCUUGGAAAGAUGUGGUGGAGGAUUGCAGGAGUAAAACUGGGGAGGCCGUGUCUGCAGCAAAGAAGACCGAGGAAAGUGUUCAUAAAAUCAAAGAGAUAAGGGAUGGAGUGUCUACGUCUUCUGAGGAUGGUUCCACGGCUUGUAUGGAAUAUAAAGCAGCAGUACAGGAGGCAAAUGACACGAUGAAAGCCACUGUUGAGGCAAUCGAGAAGAUGACUUCGUCAGUCCAGGAUACAAGAAAGGUGGAAGGAGUGUGUUUGAGUACAGUUAACGUUUGGACAGAGGAAGGGAGGCGAUUUAACGAGAGCAAAAAUUAUUUUUCCGUAUUACUUGGGGAAAAAAAAAUAGUUAAGACGGACGAGAGAAUGAUUCUCGCUAUAAACAGCACUGCGAUAAGCGAUGAAUUAACUUUUCUCGUUGGAAAUCUCUCUGCAUAUAGAGCAAAUAGCAGUUUCGUCACAAGGGAUACUGGAUCACUCGAUGCGGUGAAGACGGCGUUAAAUGGUGCGGUUGAAGAACUUCGGCAGCGGAAAAGCGCACUCGGUAGUAAGUCGGGGGGUAAGUGUGCUGAGAUCAAACAACAGAUCGAGGAUACCACGAUGGUGGGAGAAACAAAGAAGAAGGAGAUCGAGAAGACACUGGAAAAAAGAACAUUUCCCAGUUUAUACGGGUCACUUCCCCAGCACGUAAAAACGAAAAUUGAGACGGCAAAGACCUCAACAAAAGUGACUUUGGCGGUGGAGAUGGAGAUUAAAGUAAACAAGAUGGUUGAAGAAGAAAAGGCAAGAAGGAAAGAAGCCGAGAGACAGGAGAAAGAAAGGCAAAAGGAACUGGAAGAAGAACAGAAGCGACUUGCACAAGCACAAAAAGAAGCCGAGGAAGAAGAGGCGAGGAAGAUUGUAGCACAAAAAGAAGCCGAGAAGGAAGAGGCGAGGAAGAUUGAGGCACAAAAAGAAGCCAAGAAAGAAGAGGCGAGGAGGGUUGAAGCAGAAAAGGAAAGGACGAGGAUAGCCGAGGUAGCGAACCGGGCGAAGGAGGAAGAGGACAAAAAGGUCACUGAUGAUAAUGUAAGAAAGGCCAAAGAAACACUAGCGAAAAAACCCUUAAAGGGGACGGAUGGCACCAAGAAUCCGGCAUUGGUUCCCCUUCCAAUGAUGCUUUUUCUCUUGUAUGUGUUGGGUUGCACUCUCGUGUGCUGA